AUGGUUGCAGAAAUGGUGUCUUAUGCACAAAGAGAAAAGGUAUACAGCGUGGGUUCUUUUUUCCCUUUUUUUCAUUGUUUUGAUUUCGCGUCUUUUUAAGCGAUGUUUUAAGGGUUUUCCAACUCAAGUCAUCUGACCCAAUGUUUAAUUGAUUUCUAUUUUCACAGGCAGUUGCAAAUACACACCGAGAAAUGAACAGGGCGUUCGGACAGAGGCUGAGUGAAAUGAUGAUGACAGAAUCUCCUUUGCGGGAUCAGCAAGACAACUCAAAACAACGCGUUUCAGUUGAAGAGAUCGUAUACAACGAAAAAUUUGUAUACAUGAACCGGCUUUCAGAGGCUAGGAUAGAGACUGAAAAAUUAUUACAUUCCUCCGAUUUGUCCAAAGUCCAAAAAAGUCGCAUAUGGAGAGGGAAAUCUCAAAUAUGUUAA